CUAGUGUUCAUAACAACUGCACUGCAUCAGUCAGUUUGCUUUUCUGUAGCGCACGAGUGUUCCUGAAUUCCUUUAGCAGYUCCCUUCAUCUGGUGUGGAAAAUUAAGCAAAUGAAUGCUUCGUACUUACARUGGUCCAAAAGUGCCGAAAUCCCAUCUUCCAUCAAAGUCGAUAUUUCUGGCUUUAUAACGAUAGUCCUUGAGAUUUUGACGUUCCUUGGUAAUCUAUUCCCUGCCACGGCUGUGUUCUGGCUGAAAGCUGCUCGAAAGCGAACAGUAACGGACUAUUUUAUCGGUGCUUUAGCAAUCAACGAUAUACUUUCAGUUUUGGGGCCGCUAUUGUUUGGAAUUCCGACYSUGUCAGUUGGUCAGUGGGUCGGGAAUAGACUCGGUUGUCAGCUUUAUCAAGUGUGCAUUUUUUGGUUUCAGAUUAACGCUAUGUUUUUAGUCACUUGUAUGUCAUGUGAGCGCUAUCUAGCCCUUAAAAUGCCUGUAUAUUAUAGAAGAGCAGUUCUGAAGAAAAUUUACCGCGUCAAGGUUUUAAUAGCUGUGCUGUUCSUCGCUGCACUUUUAAUCUCAAGUAUGCCUUUAAUGGRACUUGCGAACAAUGGCCUUCGCGUUCCUUUGACGUUUUGUCCGUGCAUUCUAAUCACAAAAGCGAGAACGCUUCCAGAACGUGUUUAUCCGUUUUUCAUGCAAAUUUUAGGCUAUUCGACUUUGGUUACAGUGUUYUUUUGCAACUUCUUCGUUAUCAGAAUCCUGAAGGACUUUAAAGGAAGAUUUCAGCAGCGAACGCCGAGCAACGAGUCGACUGGAAGAGAUAGAACAUCUGUAGUUGCAUUUACAAAACUUGUUUUCGUCUUAGGAGCACUGUUUUAUUUGACGUGGGCUCCUGUUAUGGUUUUACUGACGUUAAACCAACUUAACCAGAGAGUAAACGAGUUGACGGCCUUGUACGCUCUAUCCAGUCUGACCAUCAACUGCCUUCUGCACCCGAUCGUCUAUGGAAUUUUCAGYGUUCAAUUUAGGCAAAGUUACUACAAGAUACUAAAACUCUUGCUUCCGAGCGUCGUGGUUAACAAGCUAUGGCAACAUGAAUCUCAUCGAGAUCGACAAAUCAGCAAAAUUCGUUUUAAUGGCCAAGCAAUGGUCUCUGUCUGAAGACACCACCGCGGAUGACAGGAGUAGUAGUCCCUAACAACGGCAAUCAUGAACGUUUAUCAUUCGUUACGUAUUUUCAGAAUUCAGUAGUUUGUAAAAUACAAUUGAAAUAAAAAUAACCCGAAA